ACCGUCAGUUCGCUACUUUCAGUAAUUCUGAUCUGGCAACCGUGCAUGAUCAGCUGAGAGGCCAGUCAACGCUGACGACUGAGAACAGGAAUGGGUGAUACAUCCAGAAUCAACUUAGAUGUUCCUCGAUAUGACCAGUCACAAUUCAUUGGUCGUUUGCAGCACUUCUUCGGUAUUACAGACUGGAGGUUAUGUUUUAAAUCUGACAAAGAACUUGAUGAAGUUAAAGAUCUGCUUCAGAGAUACCGGAAUGGACAGGAGCCUCCGGGAACACCUGAAGAAAAAAUUUGGUAUGCCAAGAGAUUAUUUAACCCUUUAUUGGCUCUGUUAGACGUUCGGGCCUCCGGAAGUGGAUCUCUUCACAUCGGCGUGGUCGAGGUGUCUCCAGGUAUACGUAAUGCCCUUUCCCGACUACGAGGCCAUCGGGGUCGACACCUUCAGGCAGGACUGGGCGAGGUGGGGUUACCUGUACCUCUCUUCCCCAAUUCAGCUGUUGCUCCAGCAUUUGCUGAAUUGAUUUUCAAAUUGUUUGUAUUGUAUACUGAUUAUUCUAAUGACCAUUCUAGGUCUACUCCAGCAGUUGUAUUCUGGCAGUGGGCAAACCAGUCUUUCAAUGCUCUAGUCAAUUUUACCAACCGGAAUGCUAAAUCUCCUUUGACUGAGAAACAAAUGGGUGUAGCAUAUUUGUCUGCUACUGGAGCAGCUCUUGCUACGGCUCUGGGCCUUAAAAGCUUCUUGGCUGGGAGGGCAUCUACUCUUCUUCAGCGAUAUGUGCCGUUUGCUGCUGUUGCUGCUGCAAAUUGUAUCAACAUUCCACUAAUGCGUCAAAAUGAACUCUUGGAUGGGAUUAUUGUGUGUGAUGAAGAUGGCAAUGAACUAGUCAGCUCGAGGUUAGCUGCUGUGAAAGGCAUAUCACAAGUGGUUUUCUCUCGGAUCUUCAUGGCUGCUCCAGGAAUGACACUCCUUCCAGUUAUAAUGGAAAAGCUGGAGAAGCAAGCUUGGCUACGAAAAAAUCCUCGAUUAAAUGCACCAUUCCAAGUUCUUGCUUGUGGAGUGAGCCUUACAUUCAUGACACCUGCUGCAUGUGCACUUUUCAAUCAGAAAUGGUAAGUCUUUAACGGUGUG